AUGGAGCCCGGAUGUGGAAGCCCUUCUGUGCUGCCCCACUGGCCCCCGCCUAGGCGGCAGCCGGCCCUGUGGCCAACCCUGGCUGCUCUGGCCCUGCUGAGCAGCGUCGCCGAGGCCUCCCUGAGCCCUGCGCCCCGCAGUCCCGCCCCGCGCCUCGGCCCCGCUCCGGCCCCGGCGCCCCCCACUGGCCACCUGCCCGGGGGCCGCGCGGCCCGCACGUGCGGCGGAAGAGCCCGGCGGCCGUCGCCCCAGCCGCCCCGGCCCGCGCCCCUGCCGCCCGCGCCCUCACCGGCGCUGGCCCGCGGGGGCCGCGCGGCUCGAGCCGGGGGCCGGGACGGCCGCGCGAGCCGGGGCAGCCGCGCGCGGACUGCGGGGGCGCGGGGCUGCCGCCUGCGCUCGCAGCUGGUGCCCGUGCGCGCGCUCGGCCUGGGCCACAGCUCCGACGAGCUGGUGCGUUUCCGCUUCUGCAGCGGCUCCUGCCGCCGUGCGCGCUCCCCGCACGACCUCAGCCUGGCCAGCCUGUUGGGCGCUGGGGCCCUACGGCCGCCUCCGGGCUCGCGGCCGGUCAGCCAGCCCUGCUGCCGCCCCACGCGCUACGAGGCGGUCUCCUUCAUGGACGUCAACAGCACCUGGAGAACCGUGGAUCGCCUGUCGGCCACUGCCUGCGGCUGCCUGGGCUGA